GGUGGCUUAGCUAUAGGAAAACCUAAAGCGCGGGAGUUUUGAGUUGAAAAGCAAGACAGAGAAGAUCUUUCUCUGAUCUUAGUUGUUUUUAGCCGUCUCUUGGUGAUGGCCAAUGAAAAGACUUCAAGGCGAUUCGGCAUUUGCAAAUCGACGUCGAGGGUUCGCAGAAUAUUUAAAACGCAGUAACAACUACAAGUUAUGAAAUAUUCAAGAAGUCCAAUCACUUGUUUAUUAAUUAUUUGAGAGUAUAUAAACCCUCAAUUAACGUCUAUGAGCCCUGGCUCCCCUGGGAGACCCAGAUUUGUUUCCACGUGUGCGUUACGGGAUCCUCAUCGCCUGAUAAAGAUGAGAUAGACUUAGCUAUCAAACGACUGUUGAUGGCUUCGAUGACGGUCUUUGCGAAGAUCUCGUUGCUGAUUUUACUGGCUGGACUGUUCUUUCUCGUCUCCAGUUCCUUUGCGCUUCCAGAUAUCGACACUCGCCCAGGGGACAACCACUGGCCUUUCACGCAGAUGAACGGGACAUCAUUCCCGGACGUGUCCGGUACUCGAAAUGCGACGGUGAUAGGCGACCAAGUGUCCGAUGACAUGGGCGUCCUCACCCUACCCGGGGAGGGGCGCGUAGACCUUGGUGAAUUUGUGGGAGAUUGUGUGAGUAGUCCCAACCGCUGUCGCAAUGGACUAACGAUCAGCUUUUGGAUGAAGCAUCGAGGUUUCAUUUCAUACAUUCUUGGGACCAACGCACUUUUUCAAGACACUCUCCACGCUUGGCUCGAAUCGGAAGUUCCUAAAAACACGCGAUGGGUUCCCUGCUUCCGCGCGUCCACCAGUCAGUGGAGUGGGGCUGAGUUCCAUGCUAAGUGUGACGGGAAAGGGUCAACUGUCACGCUAGUGCGAGUGCGUGACUACGUGUUCGGAGGUUUUCUGAAAGAUUCGUGGCCAACUAUUUCUCUCGGCACCAGUGCCUUCAUGUUCAGCCUUGGUAACCUCGAUGGGAGAAAACCCUUCAAACUCCCUAUCAUAUCACCCGCAUCUGUCGCUGCCACAAGCACUUCCACCUCGAUGCCAUGCUUUGGCCGUGUCGACCUGGUACUAAGUGACGUCAUGGCGAACAUCAGUUCCCAGUCCACAUCAGACCCUGGUUAUUCGUACCAACUCCCUAAAGGGAUCACGGCUGGCUCUUCAGAAGCGCGAAAUCUGUUGGCAGGCAGCUUCAGCUUUAAUGUAGACGAGGUGGAGGUCUUCUAUGCUGAAGACCUGAAGCUUGCAAAAAGUUGGAUCAUCUCCUCUGGGGCCGACACUUCUUCCACGGGUGUCGCGAUGCACACCCAGCCAGGGCUAGAAGCCGUCACCCACGUGAUUCAAGUACAGACAAAGACCAAGAAGUGGCUCCUGUCAUUAGACAACAUUCCGACAAGCUGGCAUCACGUGACUAUGACGUGGGACCUCACAAACGGGAUAAAGUACUUCCAGGAUGGGACAGCUAUAGCUACCUCGGAGUCAUCUACGAUCUUGGCGACACCCGCGUCCGACAGUGCGACCCACUUGUGGAUCGGCAGUAGUUCCUCUGCCCACAACCUGCAGAUGUACGCCUUGACGAUAUGGCGGGCUGUUAUCAGCGAUCAGGAGAUAAAUGACUUCAUGAACACAGCUUACUCCCCAAUGAUAGACGACGAGAGCUCUGACUUCACGUGGUCGUCAAAUAAUCAGAGGCUAUCCACCCCCUCAUCCAAUACCGGACCUCCACAAUGGACCCCAAGGAUGGAUAGAGGAGUUGACGACUUCUACUACAACUCCAGCAAUGGAUCACCAUUCUCUGUCUCCCUGGGAAUGAGUAGUAUAACAGAUUUCACCAUUUGCUGGUGGUAUAAUAAUUAUGGGUCUGGCUACCAAGUCUUGGCAGAAGUGUAUGGCAGUCCAAGCAAUUUCAUCUCCUUUGGCACAGAUGCCUUGAACAAAUAUGUUAAGUCUGAACUUGGCUCGUCCAAAACUGACAAGGUCAGCGCGGACACCAGUAGAGGGUGGCGCCAUAUAUGUGUCACGUGGAAUCAGGAAGUACAGAUGUACCUGGAUGGACGGCACUUAGCCACACUCGAGCACAGUGGUACUUUAUCAGGCGAUAUCAAACUCUCUGUUGGUGCUACCAACUCGGGCAGCUACAAGUGGAUUGGACUUAUCUCUGCCUUAAAGAUGUGGGAUAGAGUACUGGACGUGCCUGAGAUGCAGUCGGUCGAACCUCGGUGCUCUCUUGUCGGUGGAAAUUUGCUGAGGAUGCGGCAUUUAAUUGGAGUCACAGCUCCAUACUUGUUUCGCUGCUCAAGUGAUUAUAUGUACAUUGAGGCAUCUUUCCCGAGGGAGAUAGGCAACAGCGCUUGCCUGAUGAGCUCAGAGUUCGUGCCUCAGCACAUUAACUGUAUUGAAUUCUACUACGCGUUACGAGGGGCGGACAUGGGGCGCCUUAACCUCUUCACUCAAAACCAUCCCGGCCAACGCUCGCUGGUCUGGUCAGCGGCUGGUAACCAUGGAGACAGUGAACAAUGGGAACUUGUGCGGCUUCCUCUUAACGUAACGCUUAACACUAAGCUCGUUUUCGAGGGAAUUGUUGGUAACGGUUAUCGGGGCGACGCUGGAAUCAGCCGAGUACAGCUGACUGCUCAGACGAGCUGUGUAAACCCGGACACCAAGGGCCUGGGGCGAACAGAAGCCAUCUCAACUCACGUGAUAUCACACGUCCCAGCUUACCGUGACCGCCUCCUAUCAUGGCUGAGAGAGGCUGGACAACACAGCUUAUGGCAGCCAUGUUUCAGUCUAUCACGUGACGGCUGGCUCCCUGUGGAGCGCGUGUACACCAAGUGUGCCGACAAGGGCGCGUUGCUGCUGAUAGUUCGUUAUAGAAAUCACGUGUUCGGUGGGUUCUUUGAUCAAAAUGUCCCAGCUUUGGGUCAGUGUCUUAAUUCUACAAAGCUCGCGAGCGACAAAGCCUUUCUGUUUAGCUUCAAAAGUCUUCUAUCAGACGCACCCAUUAAGAUCCCAGUGAAGCCCUCCGAGCGCUCGGACGCCCUGGGCUGCAGGCAAACCAAUCCCUUCCCCGAAUUCGGCCGAGAUCUGAUGGUGGACCACACCUCAAAGGUUGUCACGGCGGAAGUGGGGGCCGUAUUCGAUCACGUGAGAAAAAACUUCGUCGACACGAAGACGUUUGAGCCCUCCGAUGUAGAGAUCCUUGUCCCAAGUACAGUGUUUAGCUGCCCGAUGCCCUGUCCGGAUGAAAUGCUGUGCAAUGAGUUGCUAGGAGUCUGUGAAUGCGAUCUCCACUCACGCUCCCUGGAUCAGUGUGAGCAAGGCAUUUCCCUCAAUGAUUUUCUGCUUGACGUGCAUGCGCUCUACCCUCUUGAUCACCCAAAUGACAUCAAGAACACAAGAGCACAAGUCUGGGGAGAAAGCGCGGGAGACAUUACGGAGACCCGAGGGUUACGCGGGCGCGCCUUGUCCCUCGCCAGCUCAGCCAGCCUGGUCUUUCCCUCGCAUGAGUGCCUUUUGGAUCCGACAAGUUGCACAACUGGAAUAUCCGUGCUUUUCUGGUUUAAGUACAGCGAACGCAGAAUGUCUGAGCUCGCAGUUUUCUUUUGUAGCGGUUCGUGCCAGGAGGAUGACCUUGGUUUCAAAAUUUCCCAUGAGCCAUCAAAAAUCAACGAGCUUGCUCUCCAGAUUACACAAAGGGCUGGCCGCUGUACCCACCGCUUCGCCUGCCCUCUCUCUAUCUGGUCACAUGUUGUGGUCACGUGGAUAACAGGGUCGUCUCCAGUCGUGUACGUGAACGGAGCAGAAGCCAGUCUCAACUCCACGUGCGAAAAGGAUGAGUACACAGACCUUUCGAAAGACGAGUCUACGCGGCUUGGCGUUACCACAACAGCGGACUUCGAUGAUUACAUCCAAUUCUUGCGUGUGCUCAAUGCCACAGAGAUAUCAAAUCUGUACACAUAUUAUAGAGGUCGCACGUCGGUUCGGCUUGACUUGCAGUAUUUGUCUGGCAAUAUAUCAUGGGAUCCUGACCUGCAGGACAAGGAGUCCAAGACAUACGAAAGAGAGGCCUUGGCCGUGACAGAUGAGACUUGUAAACGGAACUACACAAGUCAAGCUUCACGUGAAAUUCUCGCCCUACACCAGCUUCUCACCCUUAGAUAACGUGAUCAAUGGAAUCGAGGGGACAGAUAAACAGAUAACUGUGGACUCUGUGUACCGUACGCCCGUAACCAUCGUAUCAGCGGUAGCAAGUGAAGUUUCCAUCGCGCUCUCGUGGACGCCAUACACCGACGAUGCCUACGCUGUUAUAUUCCAAGGCUACAACAUCUCACUGACGGACACUUCGUCUGGUG